CAGUGUCAGCAAAGUGGCAGAGGCAGUUCCGGUGGGGUACGUUGCAGUCAGCCACUCGCUCAGACCCGGUGGCGGUGUUUCCCCCCCUCGCAGGAGGUGUAGGCGAGAGGUAACCAUGUCUGGUCGCGGAAAGCAGGGCGGCAAAGUGCGGGCAAAGGCCAAGUCCCGGUCCUCCCGCGCGGGCCUGCAGUUCCCGGUGGGCCGAGUGCACAGGCUGCUGCGCAAAGGUAACUACGCGGAGCGAGUGGGCGCCGGGGCGCCCGUGUACCUGGCGGCGGUGCUGGAGUACCUGACGGCCGAGAUCCUGGAGCUGGCUGGCAAUGCCGCUCGCGACAACAAGAAGACCAGGAUCAUCCCGCGCCACCUGCAACUCGCCAUCCGCAACGACGAGGAGCUCAACAAGCUGCUGGGGAAAGUCACCAUCGCGCAGGGCGGCGUCCUGCCCAACAUCCAGGCCGUGCUGCUGCCCAAGAAGACGGAGAGUCAAAAGGCGAAGAGCAAGUGACCCUGACGCCGCCACAGGGGAGCUGGCUUCCCCAGCAAGGGCUCUUUUCACGGCCACCCCGCAGUAUUCUUUUUUUCCCCCCCCCCAAUAUACUCGAUGUCCUGGAAGGCUGGCGCGGUCUAGUGGGGAGGUGGGUGGCAGGGGGCCCGCAGAGUCCGAGGCCAAUAAAGUCGGUGAAAAUCG